GUGGUGUUUUCGGCGGGUGUAGGGAGUUGACGGCUGAUCUGGCUACGAGAGGGGCGCCUGGGUCUGUUGCUGUCGAUUGCAAGCACCAUCACUCAUCCCUUCUCUCACCGCAGCCUCUCUUCCCGCUGCCUCAGCCAUGAAGGCCUCGUCAUCCAUCGGCGAGGGCACAACAGUCGCCGGUAGCAGGCCAGCAUUAGACAAGAUAAGCGGCUGGCCGCUGCUGCUCAACGUGGGCGGCACACUCAUGGCGUUCCCCCGUGAUGUGCUGCGUCGGGAUGGCCUCGAGGACACCUGCCUGGCCUUAUUGCUCCACCGUUUCGAUAGCUGGAUGAUUAGAGAUGCCGACGGCAUUCACUUCAUUGACGCAGAUCCGUUCUACUUCACCUGGUCAGAAUGGCAGCAAGGCGACACACACUGGCUGCCAGUGGUUGGAAUGCUUGAACUCUCGUCUGUGUGUGUGGUGUCAGGUUGGCUGUGACGCUUCAGUACCCGAGGCACGACGGCAUUGACACGACCGACAUUUAUGACGGCCUCCCGUCAUCGUUGGCCUUCUACCACGACCGCUUCAUGGCCCACACCGACCUGACCAUCGACGCCCAGCCCGGCGAUGAGAACAGUGAGGCCUUCCGCGACUUCAUGGCCGUCAUGGGCCCCUUCAUCGACACAUCGGCGGGCGGCACGGGCGGCAGGGAGGUCCUCAGCGUGACUGUGGAUGACGGCCGCGUGGUGGCCACCACCGACGCCACGCUGGCCGACUACAACAUACUCUACGACCGAUUCACCAAGUGGGAAAGGACAUGGGCAUACAUGAGAGCUCGGUGGCCAUCAUCGUGGCCUCCUUGGUGUGUGUGCAGGUACAGAGGGCCUGUCGUCGAUGUGUCUGCCGCCAACCUCCACAAGUAAUACGACCACAGCCAGACGGAAGACAACAUCUGCACGUGUGUGGUGCUGUGGUCUGCAGGGUGGUGGACUACGUUCGCCGCAUUCGAUUGGCCCCCGAUGCCGUCGCGCCGCUGCCGCCGAGCCGAUCGGCUGGCGAGCUGCUGUAUGCGUGUGAGAUGUACGGCCUCAUGGAGCGGGUGUACCUCUCGAUGAUCGGCAAACCCCACAGCCACAUCAAAUGCCUCUUCAAGUGAGCGAGGGAGACCACGCACAGCGGAUGGGCGGCGGGAAGGUGAUGGUCUCUUUUUUGUGUGUUUCUCUUGUCCGUCAGGGCUUCACACGACGGCGAUCAGUUUGAGGCGAUGAUGGAUGGUGUGGCGGGUGCGCAGGGCGGCCUGCUGUUCGUCAUCGAGGACGACAAACACCACAACCGCUUCGCAUGCCACUUGGAGGGGCCCCUCAUCCCACCGACCGACCCCACAUCAGAACUGACCACCGGCUGCCCCGUGACCUUCUACUCCAUCAGCGGUGCGUUUGACGACGACGGUGUCACCAAGAUCGCCGCGCCCCACAACAAGCAGUUGGUGAUGGUCGCUGGCACUGAGGGAGCAGUGACGACCGACGACAUGGUGCGUCACGGCAAGGUGGUCAUUGGCAACGGCCGCCUGUGGGUGGGGGUCGGGCGGGAUGGGCCCACCAGGGAUCUUCGCCGCUGCCGCCAGUGGCUUCACAAGGGUGAGCUGCCGGCCGAGAAGACGUAUGUGGGCAGCUUUGACGAGGGGGGACGGGCCACCCUGGCCGGCAGCCAUUUCUUCACGGCACAGCGACUGGAAGUCUACCAGGUAACACAGACUUCGACGAACACAUGACUGUGUUGGGGCUGUAUGUGUGUGUGUUGCACCUCUGUGUGUGCGCAGGUGUGGAGCACUCUCCCGGCCGCCCCCAUCCUCCCCGCCGAUGAGCUGCAGGCCCUCGUCGACAUGGCGACCGACACCCCUAUGACCGCACAGCUUCUCUACAAGUGAGCCAGCUUCAAAUACAGUGGGAGGGGGGCAGCAGUGCAUUUGCCGUCUCCUCUCUCUCUCUCUCUCUGUGUGUGUGUGUGUGUGUGUGUGUCAGGGGUGAGCGUGACGGCUGGACGUAUAAGGCCCUGCUCGCUAAGGUGGGCGAGGCGGCCAACCUGCUGUUCGUCAUCAAGGACACCGGUAGCCACACCUUCGCCAGCCAUGUGGAGGGACAGCUCAAGCAGCCAGCCGACGCCACUCGAGUGGAGAGGACCAAUUGCCCCGUGACCUUCUACUCCAUCAGCGGCGCAUUCGACGACGGCCGCAUCACCAACAUCGCCGUGCCCCACAUCUGGCAGAGCGUUGCGGUCGCCGGCACGGAAGGAGCGGUCGUGACCUCCAACGGUGUGGGCCAUGGCAAGGUGGCAAUGGCUGGCGGCCGCCUGUGUGUGGGGGUCGGGAGGGGUGGGACAGCUGGUGACCUUCGCCGCUGCUGCCAGUGGCUUCCCAAGGGUGAGCUGCCGGCCGACAAGACGUAUGUGGGCAGCUUCGACGAGGGGGGACGGGCCACAUUGGCGGCCAGUGAUUGGUUCACGUGUGCCGACUUGGAGGUCUACACAAUAGAAGAGGUCAGUCCGAUACAGAGAGGCAGGUCGACAUGCGUCAAUGCCGGCCUCUUUCCUCUCUUGUCUGUGUGUGUGUGUGUGUGUGUGUGCUGACAGGUGCCGUACAGCUGGCUGUGGCUGAGCGCGGCGGCGUCGCUGAUGGAGGGCAGACAGGAGGCCAUGACCGCAUCAUAGAUGAGAGCCAGAAACAGAGCCCAGUGCCUCAAGGAUGUUUGAGAGAGUAGAUAUCCACCCACUCACUCACUCGUGUGUCGAUAUAGUCCUGAUGGCCAUUGUCCGAUUGCGCACAUGCCUUGUGUGGUCGGUGCCAUUCUCUGGUUCAUGCCCUUCGUGACGCCGGCUAUCUCUGUGUACAUGUGUGUGUGCUCUUUAUACACCUCCCUCUCUCUCUGUGUGUGUGGUGCACGCAAUGCUCGGCCGCAUGGACUUGCUUCAUGUGGCUGUGACACUCUGUGUGUGUAUAGUUACCUCUCCGGUGCAUCAAUCCUGCUGCAUGAAUGGCUGGAUGGCUGGAUGGCAGACACGACGGAAG